AUGUAUCUCUCAUCGAUUACAGUCACGUUAGCAUUUUUAGCUGCAGUGCAGGCAAACGAGCCACUUUUGGACAUUGCCGUCAGUGCAAAAACUCACAAACUGCAACUUGUCUGGGAGAAUUUAUCGAUAAAUGGAACAAUUUUGUUACGUAAUGGCUUCGAAAGUGGGUCUCAGGACCUCGUAAAGCACCAAAUUAACUCAACCGGAGGCUGGAUCACCACAGAAAUCGUCUACAACUACACGCACUUUAAAGAUGUCAUCCAUUCCCAUACAUCCUGUUAUGGUUUUUAUGCCUACUAUUUCACACCAAACUCCGUAAUACCCUUGACCUCAACUUGCAUGAUGGCUUACCCACGUUGGAUGUCAACGAUGAAGCCAUUUAUCGGCGAAAAACGGUUUCGCGAGAUUUUCCUUCCCGGUAGUCACGAUGCUGCCGCCUACAAAUUAAAUUUUAUUCCCGAAAUCGAUGAAAAUGUUGCAAACAAGUACGUUCUCACGCAAGACGAGGACAUUCGUGGACAACUUUUGGCUGGAGUGCGGUAUUUGGAUAUUCGUCCUGCCUAUUAUCCCGUCGGUUCUAUUCGUUUUUGGGUGAAUCACGGGGUUUCGCGAGUGCAGCCAAUGGAACAAGUGCUGCGAGAUGUCUACGAAUUCGUAAAAGAAACGGACGAGAUUGUGAUUGUCGAUUUUCAUCAAUUUCCCGUGGGAUUUACGUCAUACGAAGUGCACCAGAAGCUGAUUGCGUUUGUGAAUGAGACGAUUGGCGAUCAAAUUGUUACGCUGCAAGGCGGAUGGGAAACGUCACUCAAUGAAAUUUGGAUGAAAUCGAAUAAACGGAUAAUUUUGGGGUACAACGACGAACGUGUCGUAUCGGAAUAUUUUCCCUUUGCAUGGCAGGCAAUUCGACAUCGAUGGGCAGAUGUGGAUGACGUUGAAGCAUUGGAAAGUUAUUUGUAUCGCGUGAACGAUGAACCGCAGAAUGGCUGGCGACCCGUCUCGGAUAUGGCACAAAUGACGCCGACGACAAAUGGAGUGAUUCUGGACAAGUACAAGGGCUUACGGAAAAUGGCUGAUACCUCGAAUCCGCAAGUUAGUGCCUGGUAUCGACGUGAUUUAGGACCUAAGGCAAAUAUCGUCUCGCUGGAAUUUCUGAGAGGCACAACUGUUAUUAAGGAUGGGAUGAAAUGGAAUAUGAAUCGUCAUCAUUUUGAAUUGUCUAAAAUUUUUGGAGUAACAGUAAAAGUUGUUGAAAAAAAUAUGAAGCUCCUUACGCUUUCUUUACUGGUGAACAUUUGGCAGUUUUCCGUGGCUUUUGACGAACAAUCCCAAAGUAAAGGUCGUCUCGCGAUCACAAUCAGUGCUCAAAAGCAAAAUAUCGAAAUAUCGUGGUUGGACUUGGAAUUGGUGCCAAACGGAACUGUUACUCUCACGAAUGGUCGUCUCGGAGAACCUACAACGGACGCUCUUCUCCAAAUAAUUCCGUCGGAGCGCAAUGACUGGAUCACUACGGACGUCUACUACAAUUACAGCCACUUUCGCGACAUACUCGACACAAAUACAAAUUGCUACGGCUUCUGGGUCUACUACAUGAAUGUGCACGACCAAACAGUCUACAGUUCGUCAUGUUUGCGCGCCUAUCCACGCUGGAUGAACGAGAUCCGCUCUCACAUCAAAGACUAUCGCUUUCGGGAUUUAUUUAUUCCCGGAUCGCAUGACAGUGCCUCGUACCGCAUGGGAUUCGAUCCGAGACGCAACGAAACUUUAGUUUCCAAAUACACGCUCACACAAGACGAGGAUAUCCGGGGACAAUUAUUGCAUGGCAUCCGCUAUUUGGACUUGCGAAUCGGAUAUUAUCGCCGAGGAAAUCCGCAAUUUUGGGCAAAUCACGGGAUAUCGCGACAACAACCACUGGAAAAUGUGUUGCGAGACAUUUAUGAUUUUGUCACGGAAACAAAUGAAAUUGUGAUUGUAGAUUUCCAGGAGUUUCCCGUAGGAUUUGGGAAAACGCUCGCCAUUCAUCAAAAUCUCGUGGCAUACGUAAAACAGCAAAUUGGCGAUAUGGUCUUGGAUUUAUCCGACACCUGGAGAUCCACUUUUGAGCGUAUUUGGGCACAACCGAAGCGUAUAAUUGUCGGUUACGAUCACUUGGCAGUCGUUGAUGAGUUCCAUUCGUUCACGUGGAUUGCCACACAACAACGAUGGGCAAACAAAGACGACAUUGGCGACUUGAAACGCUUUUUGGUGCGUGUAAAUGACGAAAGUGCGGUGCGUUUCUCGCCGAGACCCGUAACGGACAUGGCAGAAUUGACACCGGAACCGUGGGGCGUCAUUAGCGAUCGAUAUGGCGGACUGCGAAAAAUGGCCGAUGACACGAACAAACUGAUAUCCGAGUGGUACUUUAAGGAUUUUGGACCGACUGCCAAUAUAGUAGCUGUAGAUUUCUUCAGGGGAACAACAAUUGUGCAAACUGCCAUUUAUUGGAAUGUUUAUAGAUCACAAUUCCGAGCAAAUAACACAAAAGCAUCAUCAACUGUCGAUCAUAUUAAGUUUCAUAAAAGAUAAUUUUUUUUCGUAGAAAUAAAGAUCGUUCUCGUUCAUUGACC